AGCGGAAGAGACGUGGCACAUAAACAGAAGGAGGAAAUAGCUAGCAAGUAGUCGGGUCUGAUGACAGCAUCUGGAGCCUCCCCCCAUGUGAAAAUAACAAGAGCGCUUAAAUGACAGUCUCACAACAUUACGUGAAACAAACGGGGCUUCAUUAAAGUCUUUUUGACAGCACAGCGCAGGUGGCCAUGGGUCUCUGCAAGUGUCCAAAGAGAAAAGUGACCAAUCUAUUCUGCUUCGAACAUCGUGUGAACGUGUGCGAGCACUGCCUGGUCCACAACCACAACAAGUGUAUUGUGCAGUCAUAUCUGCAGUGGCUUCAGGACAGUGACUACAACCCGAACUGUGCUCUGUGUAAUAGUCCCCUGAACCUUCAAGACACAGUCAGACUGGUCUGCUAUGAUGUGUUCCACUGGGCCUGCCUCAAUAACUUUGCCUCUAGGCUACCACUCCAUACGGCUCCGGCAGGAUACCAGUGUCCCACCUGUCAGGGUCCAGUGUUUCCUCCUUCCAACCUGGCCAGCCCAAUUGCAGAUGUGCUGAAGGAACAGCUUUCAUCGGUUAACUGGGCCAGAGCUGGUUUAGGACUCCCUCUGAUUGAGGAGCCCAUUGGGGUUCUUGAGGAAACCACAGAAAAUGAUGUCACAAAUUACACUGACUGGUCCACAUUUGAUGCACAAGAGAAAAGCAGCAUAUACCCCAGCCACUCCUAUAAUAGCACGCUCAGCCUCCCACCAAAUCCUGGCUCCCUUCCAGCACAGGACGACCUUGGAGGUCCUCGAAAAAAUGGGGAUCCAAAUGUUCAGGAUCACUCUGUGAUCAAUUUUACUUCUGCUGCCACUGGUGAUACAGUUACAAUACACACAGCAUCGUCACCAAGAAAGAUCUAUGACACAAGGGACACUGGUCACAGCUCAGUCACACAGAUCGACUUUGAUGAUGACAAAUAUCGGAGACGGCCAGCGUUAAGUUGGUUUGCCCAGAUUCUCAAGAAUCGCACCGGUGGAAAGCGUACAUCACUGUCCUGGAAACAACGAGUCUUCGUGCUGCUUCUUGUCGGGGUUCUUGGAUUCUUCACGCUAAUUAUUAUCAUGGCUAAACUCGGACGUGCUUCAGCCAGCUCAGACCCAAACUUAGAUCCUCUUCUUAACCCCAACAUUCGUGUUGGGAAAAACUGAUUACAAGCAUUACAUUUUUUUCUUUCUCUUUUGUGUUACACAAAGCAAGACUGCAUAGAACAAGCCAAAAUGUGACUUUUCAGUACAUGGCUAACUCUACAGAGGGUGCUGUUGGGCCAACUUGAAAAAAAAGCACCUCUUUAGAAUGGAGCCAGUUGCUUGUUCCAUUCACUACCCUCAAUCAGGGGCCUUCACGAAAAUAAUUUUUUCUAUGAAUAUAGCUAAGCAGUCCACAAACCCAAGCGAUCACCAAGGACAGAAGAAUUUGGACAGAAAUCCAGCUAUUGAUGCGUUAAAUAGCUAUUGAAAGAGAAGGGUGUGUUCAUAAUACACGUCCACCUAACUUGUUUCCUAAAGUUCAGUAGAAACAAAAUAAACACUGUUAAUGUUGAAAAGGCAUUUGCCGACAGAAAUGGGAGAGUAUAUGAUCAGCUUCAUAACAUCCAGUAAGCUUGGUAUAGUUAUAAACCGACUCACUGGUUAAUUUAAAUUGAGUGGCCUUGUGCAUAUCUUUUUUUACAGAAAUGCCUGUCCUCACAACUGGAAUCAGACCCCCUACAUUUAAUUAAUGCAAAACUAUUUAUGGGUGUUUGUGUUACUUGUACAAUUGUUGCUUUUAGGUUUGUCAUACAUACUGUGUGUACAUUUUCCUGAGGAUUAUUGAUUGUUCAUUAAAUGACACUACUAAAAAGUC